CGCAGUAGAGUCAACGCAUACAGUUUUUGAUGUAUCAAAAAAAUAAAUGGGAUUUGAGAUGGUAAAGAUAUAAAUGUGUAAAGAUAUUUGACGUUGUUCAAGAUGCCUGGUAUAAAGAUCCGUAAUAAAAACCUACAAAAAAUUGACGCAAGACUUAUAUGUACUUACUGUCACUUGCUUCUUGUCAAUCCAAUGCAAACAAUGUGUGGACAUUUGUUUUGUAAAUCUUGUAUCGAUAUUGUUCUUGGAUCUCCAGAUCCAAAAUGUCCAGAAGAUGAAGAAAAAUUAAUAAAAACUGACGUUUUCCCGGACAAUUUUGCAAAGCGUGAGUUGAAAAGUAUUCGUUUAUUUUGUCCCUCUGAACAGUGCAAAUGGUUUGGUGCCUACGAUGAAUUGGAAGGUCAUUCUCAAGUUUGUGAGCAUGCGCUCAUCAGCUGUAUACACAAACAAUGUAACGUUCAGUUACCUCGCUCUCUUCUUGAUGAACAUUUGAAGAAUGAUUGUGAAUAUCGAAAUGUGAAAUGUGAAUAUUGUGGUAAAGAUGUUCCGUAUGGCUCACUUAAGGACCACAUAGAUAAUAUAUGUGAAUAUGCUCCUGUGGUUUGCGGAUAUUGCAAUCAAAAGAUACCAAGGAACAAUAUAGAAAAACACGAAAGUACGAUUUGUGAUGAAGUGCCUACUAAAUGUGAAUUUCAAGCCAUUGGAUGUAACCAUGAUAAAACUUUAAAACGAAAGGACAUUCGUCAACAUAUGAAUGGCAAUGUAACUGAUCAUGUUGGCGCCUUGCUACGAUAUGUUAUGGCAUUUGUUACACAGUUAAGUAACUACGUACCACGUCCAGAGUUUACUACUGCUGUUCAAAACAUGGCUGAUCAAGUUACUGCUGUUCGUGCAAAUCUCUCAGAAAAAUUUGUGAUGUUAGUGGGUAAACUUACAGGUCUUGAAAGGAGGAUUGAAAGUUUAGAGAGUCCUUGUGAUAGCAAUAAUAAUAACACCCAGUCUCUAGAUGUUUCCUCGAUGGUUGAAAGGAUAGCGACUCUCGAGCGACAAGUGAGAGAAAAUUCUUCAACUAUACCACGAUUUUGUGAGAGCUUAGAUCAAAUUGACGAAUCACUCGCGAGAAACACGGUGAAGAUUACGUACCUUGAAGCGCAAUGUGGCUCGCGCGCACUAGGAUCAAAUCAGCUUAUACACAGCUACAAUGGCACAUUACUUUGGAUAAUAGAUAACUUCAAGAAAAAGAGACAGGACGCCAUUAAUGGUAUCAAAACAUCCUUGUACAGUGCACCAUUCUACAGUUCUCAAUAUGGUUACAAGAUGUGUGCUAAGAUCUAUAUGAAUGGUGAUGGUUUUGGAAAAGGAACUCAUUUAUCUUUGUUCUUUGUUGUCAUGAAAGGUGACUACGAUGCGCUACAAACAUGGCCAUUUAGAAAAAAGAUCACAAUGAUGUUAAUGGAUCAAGGAAAUGGUGAUCACAUGAUUGAUGCUUUUCAUUCGGAUCCCCAAAGUUCUUCAUUUCAGCGACCAAAAUCUGAUAUGAAUAUUGCUUCCGGAUCACCUCUCUUUAUGCCAUUGGAAAUGUUAAAUAAUCGACAAUACAUUAAAGAUGAUACAUUAUUCAUUAAGCUCAUUAUUGACUGAAAUGGUUACGAUAGCUCAAAGAGUUUAGGUUUUUGAUCAUAUUUAAUCUUAAUUCUUAGCUAGACCUCAAUUUACAUUCAAUUAAUUUUUUAAAAUUUAAAAUCCAACUUUUAACUUUUAGGUAGAAUGAUUUUUAAUUUACUUGUUUAGAAAUCAAUUUCGUGUUUUUAUUUGAUUAAGAUCAACGAUAAUCGGAAUUUGAAGAACAUUAUAUGUAUAGACGGUAUAAAAUUAUAGUGGGACAACUAUUUUUAGAUCGUAAAGACCUGGCCAAUAAGUAAGUUUAUAAUUAGAGAAAGUUUGUUGAAUUCCCACAGGCUAACUAAAAAAAUACUCACCAAUUCAUGUUGUGCAACUUCAAUUUAUUACAUAAUGUUGAGUUACGCUAGGAAUAUGCUUAGCUAUUUCUUGUUACUUUUUAUCAGAAUUGUUAAUUAAGCUGAAAACUUUUAUUUCAUUUGAUACUUUUUAACUUAUUGAUGUUAAUAAUAAUUAAAUAAACUUUCUUAUCAUAAA